AUGAUACGGACAGCUCGAGUGCUCAGAUGCACCUGCGGACACUCCUCAGGCCAGACUGCAGCCUACAGACCCAUCGCACAGCCAGCGAGACGCUGUAGCACUCCGGCAAGGGCAGCGACACCUCUGACAUCGCCGCCACAGACGUCGGCAUGCCUCAUCACGAGAGCAGCGAGAUCGAGGAGAGGCUAUGCGACCCAUGCAGCGCCAUCUGCAGCCGCACUCAAGGAUGGCAAGCUGCCGACCGACGUCUUCUCGCUCAAUAGCAGCGACAUCAAACGCCUGUCUGCCAUGCGCAACGUUGGCAUCUCUGCCCAUAUCGACUCAGGCAAGACGACCCUGACCGAGCGGGUGCUUUUCUACACCGGACGCAUCAAGGCCAUCCACGAAGUCAGAGGGAGAGACGCGGUAGGCGCAAAGAUGGACUCCAUGGAACUCGAGAGAGAAAAGGGCAUCACCAUCCAGAGUGCUGCUACAUUCUGCGAUUGGUCUGUGAGAGAGACGCCGGUCAAGCAAGCGCAGAAUGACUACAAGAUCAACAUCAUCGACACUCCAGGCCACGUCGAUUUCACCAUAGAAGUCGAGCGAGCGUUACGCGUUCUUGAUGGCGCAGUGCUCGUGCUUUGUGCUGUCUCUGGCGUACAGAGUCAAACCAUUACCGUCGACAGGCAGAUGCGCCGCUACAACGUCCCUCGUGUCACCUUUGUCAACAAGAUGGACCGUGCUGGUGCCAAUCCUUGGAGGGUUCUGACACAGAUACGACAAAAGCUCAAGCUCGCCGCUGCUGCCGUUCAAAUCCCGAUCGGCGCAGAGAAUGACUUUGGGGGUGUCAUUGACAUUGUUCGUAUGAGAGUCAUCCGUAACGAAGGCGAGAAGGGUAUCGAUAUCGUCGAGAGCGCUGAGAUACCGGCAGAAUUACAGACGAUGGCGGAAGAAAAGCGUGCAGAGCUGAUCGAGAACGUCGCUGAAGUAGACGACGAGGUAGCCGAGCUGUUCUUGGAAGAGAAGCCAGUAUCAGCAGAACAGCUAGCCGCGGGCAUCCGGCGCGCCACCAUUGCUCGCAAAUUCACGCCUGUCUUCAUGGGUUCGGCGCUGGCAAACAAAGGCGUGCAGCCUUUACUUGAUGGCGUCUGUAGCUACCUGCCCAACCCUUCUGAAGUCUCUUCGACUGCUCUCGAUUACAGCAAGCCAGCAGCUCCUCCGCUUGAUCUCGUUCCUACCGGCACAGCACCGCUCGUCGGACUAGCUUUCAAGCUAGAGGAAGGCCGCUACGGUCAGCUUACCUACAUGCGCGUCUACCAAGGUUCUCUCGCAAAAGGCGGCGUCAUCGUCAACGUCAGGACGGGCAAACGCGUCAAAGUGCCUCGUCUAGUGCGGAUGCAUUCGGACGAAAUGGAAGACAUCAACAGCGUCGGCGCAGGCGAAAUCUGUGCCAUGUUCGGCGUCGAGUGCUCGUCAGGUGAUACCUUCACCGAUGGAUCCGUACCUUACUCGAUGACGUCUAUGUUCGUGCCUGAGCCUGUCAUCUCUCUCGCUAUCCGGCCGCAAGGUCAGGAGACGCCUAAUUUCUCUCGCGCGCUUAAUCGCUUUCAAAAGGAAGACCCGACCUUCCGAGUACACGUAGAUAACGAAUCGCAGGAGACCAUCAUAUCUGGCAUGGGUGAACUGCAUCUAGACAUCUACGUCGAACGGAUGAAAAGGGAAUAUCAAGUCCCCUGCAUCACUGGCAAGCCGCGCGUCGCUUUCCGUGAAACCGUGACUUCACCUAGCGAGUUCAACUAUGUUCACAAAAAGCAGACGGGCGGCGCUGGCCAGUAUGCCAAAGUCAUAGGCAAGAUCGAGCCCAUGGAGAUGGACGAAGCAACUGGCAAGGACACCGCGUUCGAGUCUCGUGUCACAGGCGGCAACAUUCCAUCGUCGUACAUCCCUGCCGUCGAGAAGGGCUUCAAAGAUGCGCUGGAGCGAGGCAAUUUGACGGGCCAUCCCAUCACGGGAUGCCGGUUUAUCCUGGAGGACGGUGCUUUCCAUCCGGUCGAUUCAUCUGAGUUGGCCUUCCGAAUGGCAGGUCAGGCAGCCUUCAGGGAUGCAUAUGCACGCAGCAAUGGCGUCGUGCUAGAGCCUGUCAUGAAAGUCGAGGUGGUGGCGCCAGUAGAAUUCCAAGGCAACGUCAUCGGAGGCAUCAAUCAACGCAAAGGCACGAUCCUCGACAGCGAAGUGCGCGACGAAGAAUUCACGCUUGAGGCAGAAGUCUCGCUCAACGAUAUGUUUGGCUAUGCCUCUCAGCUGCGCGGGAUGACGCAAGGAAAAGGCGAAUUCACUCUCGAGUAUCGCAAGCAUGCGCCAGUGCUGCCUAAUGUGCAAAAGGAGAUGGAGAAGGAGUUUAGAUCUUUCACCGGUCGCAAAGGAUAG